AUGGCUGCAGCUCCGGCCCUCUUCGCAGAUGAAUGUGUCAUGGGUCUGCCGAACUUGAGUGAGAGCGAUGCAGCAAAAGUCGACUUGGAGAAUGUUCUGAUGAGAUUUUCUGCAGGGAUUGCUGAGAUCUGCCUUCGUAGGCGCAUCCCCUUUUGCAUCAAGAGCCCUUGGUCUUCGCGCAUCUGGAUGACAAAGCAAUUUCAAUCCUUGCAGAAGUCCUCACAUGUGCAUUUUGGAUACACCGAUUUUUGUGGGGAUGGGACUCUGUGGCGUAAGCGAACGGGUCUUCUUCACGGAUUUGUUGACCUCGGAAGUUGUUGUAAGCGCUGCAACACUCGUGGUGGUAUCUGUUCCUUUUCUGGAAAGCGACAUGCUCAACAAAUGGGGCAAUGUCAGGGCGUCUUCCUCACACGUGCCGCCGAGCCCUACCCGCAGAAGCUGUGCAGGCGCGUCGCCAAGGCCUUUGUUGCUUCAGUGCUCUCACGUUGGUGCUCCAACUUGUGGGAACGCUUGUCCUGA